AUGAUGGCGACCGCUGCAGAGGAGCUCGGCAUCCCCAGCCUCCACAGCCUACACAGCCUCCACAGCCUCCCCCCGGGCGACUGUCCUGCCCCCGAGCCGGUGUGUGUGGAGCCGCUGUGCGUGAGGCAGAGGCAGCAGGAGCGUUCAUGGAGGCAGCGGGUUGUCUAUCUGCAGUGCUAUUUCCUGACCAUAGCGACCAUACUGGGAACAGGGAUCCUUGGUCUUCCAGUGACGAUAGCUCACGCAGGACUGUUGCCUUUCCUCGUCUCAUUUCUGGUGGGAUUCUCUGUCCAGGCCUUGUUGAUCUACCUCUUUGUGGACCUCCUUCAGAGAUGUCAGGUCAUUCAACUGGAGACGUUAAAGACUGGAGUGGCAGAGUGCAUUGUGAUGAGCCCCAUGGGAGUAGAACCACCAGCCUUAACAGACGACGAAGAGGAUGAUGACGGGGAGAACACUCGAGCUGACACAGGGUUGCUUUACCCCAGCUCCUCCUCAGCACCUGCGCCUCAGCCAGAGAGCCUGCAGCCACACCUGCACAUGCUGGGCCGACUCUUCCUGCCACGACCCAUGAGCCACGCAUUCAACUUCAUCCUGCUCUUCCACUUUAUUUCCAUUGGCAUCAGUUAUGUGCUGGCAGGAAGUGAAGCUUAUGCCUCUCUCCUCAAUAUUGAUCACAUCUAUGUAAUCCCAGUGUUCACCUGGAUCCUCACCUUGUCCAUCCUCCUGGCCCAUAGAGUCAUUCAGCCAAUCACAUCUGUGCUCACGCUGCUCAAGGGACUCCUCCUCAUUGUGACAGUGGCAGUGACCUUUGCAGUGGGAGCAGAGGUGGGCCUUCACAGCAGCAGUGACUUCUCUCAGAUGGGACGUCCCUUCCUCAUGGGCACCGUAGCUCUGGGAGGGAUUGUGAACGUGAUGCCCAUGCUCUACUCUCAGAUCUCCCACAGCAAGAACCAGAUCCUGUGGUUUCGGAGAGCCGUCCUGGGAGGCCUGAGCACGUGUACGCUGCUCAACAUACUCUGGUGCUGGGCGGUGCUGGAGAUCGUCCCUCAGACUGCAGUCCAGAGCUCUCAGCUGAGUCACUCCCUUCCAGACCCCUCUCUGCUGCUCACCAACGUGUCCCUCGAACAGUCGGAACAAGCCGGAGAGAUUGCAACUAUUCCUCUCACAAAGAUCAUCGAGGAGUGCUACAGUGUCUUCUCCUGGGUGGCAGUCCUGAUCCAGGUCUUCAUCUCCAUCAGUGUGACCGUGUCCUUCCUGGUCAUGGGCUCUGCUCUGAAGCACACUGUGGACGGGCUGGUGGCCUCGGCGUGGACUGGUUCCCUGGAAUGUCUCUCCAAAUGCUGGAAACAACAUCUGCCAAAUAAACGGCCGCUGUGCUCUGCUCUGAGCUUGGUGAAAGGACUUCUGUGCCUGCUGAUCUUCAUCAUCAUCUUCAUCGUCGCCAUGUGUGACCCCAAGGGCUUUGUGGUGAUCCUGGACAAAGUGGUGUCAUUCUCUCUGAACACAGAGGUGGGACUCUUUGUGUUCUUUAUGCUGCGAGAGUCCAGAGAAGAGCAGUACAACAGCGUGAGCGUGCCUCUCCCGGUGGGCGACUGCGUCUUCAGCCUGUCGUGGCUCCUCCCCUGUUACUUCCUGUUCGCGGUGGUCUACGACGUUCUGCAGACGGUGGCGGACCUCUUACCGCUCCUGCCGCACUCGCACUGGGCCCUGAACCACAGCCUGGCCCUGUCCUGGAGCCCCUACAACUCCAGCGGCUUCCUCUGA